AUGCUCGACUUGAAACCAGAUCCCGCCCAUCUCGACGCCAACGGCGACACGCCGAUCCUCCUGGAGAUCUCCGCCUUCCUGGACGGCGUGCGCUGCGCCUGGACGCUGCGCAGGGCGCUGGAGAGGGCAUCCUUCCCUGACCGCGUGUCCUUCACCGUACUCCAGGCCCGGCUCCCUCAGCACGAGGACUGCGUGGGCAUCUUCCGCUCCCGGCACCUGCCCGAGCUCUGCGCCGCGGGCGGGCUGGGCGCCCCGUUCGCCGGGGGGCCCGCGGAGGAGUGCCAGCAGAGGGUGCUGCGGCGGUCGCGCGCGUGGCUGCUCGACCCGAGGGCCGCACAGGGGCCCGUGCACACGCGCGGGGUUGCCGCGAGGCUGCUGGAGCCCCAGGACCUGAGCGCCAUGUGCCUGAGCACCGACGCCCACAUGGACUUCAAUAGGGGCUGGGACGUCAGCCUGAUCGAGGACUGGCUGUCCGCUGGGAACGAGUUCGCGGUUUUGACCGUCUAUCCCGAGUCCGUCGAUCGGAUCGACAAGCCCGUCGGUAGUAGGAUCGUUUCUAGUUGUGGGUACACGCUGGAGGAAGGCAUACCCCGCGGCAGGCAAGCCCAGGACUAUGCGCGGAGCGAUGUGAGGAUGCCGCUGCUCACGCCUAACUGGGCAGCUGGCUUUUCGUUCCACCGUUGCCACGCCGAGAAGCUGGUGCCAGUGGAUUGGCGUUUGCGCUGGAUUUUCACAGGCGAAGAGGUCAACCGUGCGGUUCGCCUGUGGACCCACGGUUACGACCUGUACGCGCCUGCGAGCGUGGCCGUGCUUCACAACUACACCAACGCCAAGCAGGAGUUCCAGCAGUUCGGGGAUCGCCACCGACAGAUCCUGCAGAAGCGGAGGUCCCAGAGGCAGGUCAGGCGGCUCCUGGAGACCCUGACCGCAGACGACUUAGCCGCGGGCGAGGCCGAGGAGCAGGAGGGCCUCGGUCGUUUCGGCCUGGGGGCCCAGAGGAGCCUCGAGGAGUUCGUGAUGUGGUCGCGGGCGAACCUCGGCGGCAAGUGGGCGCGCGCGCUCAUGGACCCCUGGGGCCGGGUGCAGGACUGCCUGUGGCUGCAGCGGCGCCCCAUCCGGGACCCGGGGGCGCUGCUGCAGAGCCUGCGCUCCCCGAGCGGUGCGGAGCGGGCUGUCGCCGAGGUGGGCGAGGAGGUGUUGCUCGCGGGGGAGGAGGACGUGGUCCGCCCGAAGCGGGACGUUGCGGUUGCCAACAUUGACUGCGACGUGUUCGAGGCCGUCCUCGCCAGAGGCGUGUUGAUCAUGGACGAUGUCUUAAAGUUGCCCGAUCUGAUCGGGGCACGAGCGGCUAUGCAGUUCGACGCACUGAGGAUUUGCACGAGACCAGCGGCGGGGUAUUCGGCGUAGACUUAAGACCUCUGCUUCCGCCUGCCCGAGUUCCAGCGAGAGGUCAGCCGCUUGCAGGAGGAACGCCUCGGGCCGCGCCGUGCCUGGACUCGCGGGGCCGCUGCCCCCCCGCGGGCGUGCUCCUGGAGCAGCUGGGGCUGGGCCCGGCGGCUCUCGACGGUCUGCGCGCAAGUGGCCCUGAUGCUCGAAUCGGGCAUGUCCCUCUACAGGAGGAGCCUCCC